CACGGACCAAUCAAAUCGCUCCUCUCAGUCAGCGUGCGCAGUCUUCCCACAUGAGACCGCCCACAUCAGAAAAAUCUUCUUGUGAGCUUCCCUGAUGCUGCCAAUGUUCGCUGAUUACUCUGAAUAUAGAAGCAUGAGAAGUCAUUUGCACAGACAUGGAUAAAUAUGAGAGACUGAAGAAAAUUGGAGAGGGAUCCUUUGGGAAAGCCAUCCUGGUCAAGUCAAGGACAGAUGGCCGACAAUAUGUUAUCAAGGAGAUUGGCAUCUCCAGGAUGUCGAACAAAGAAAGGCAAGAAUCACGUAAAGAGGUGGCAGUUCUGGCUAACAUGAGCCAUCCAAACAUCGUCCAGUACAAGGAAUCCUUUGAAGAGAGUGGUUGUUUGUACAUAGUAAUGGACUACUGUGAGGGAGGAGACCUGUUUAAGAAGAUCAAUAAUCAGAGAGGGACUCUAUUCCCUGAGGAACAGAUUCUUGACUGGCUUGUGCAGAUCUGCCUUGCUCUGAAACAUGUACAUGACCGCAAAAUCCUACACAGGGACAUCAAAUCACAGAAUAUUUUUCUGACCAAAGAUGGUACCAUUCAGCUGGGUGACUUUGGAAUCGCUAGAGUUUUGAACAGCACCGUGGAGUUGGCGAGGACAUGUAUUGGCACACCUUACUACCUGUCGCCAGAGAUAUGUGAAAAUAAACCAUACAACAACAAGAGUGAUAUCUGGGCCCUGGGAUGUGUCCUGUAUGAAAUGUGCACGCUUAAGCAUGCAUUUGAGGCCGGAAACAUGAAGAACCUGGUGUUAAAAAUUAUCCGUGGUUCGUACCCACCUGUUUCCGUGCAUUACUCCCAAGAUUUGCGCUCUCUCCUGGCCCAGCUGUUCAAGCGCAACCCCCGGGAGAGACCCUCCGUCUCCUCCAUUUUAGACAAGCCAUUUCUUGCUCGCAGGAUUCAUAAGUUUCUCAGCCCUCAGAUUAUUGCUCAGGAAUUCAGCCACUCACUUCACCUUAAUCAGCCUAAAAUGAGUGUGGCCCAGGGAGCACCAGCCAAACGCCCUGCCCCAGGCCCCAUCCCCAUCUCCCCAGCUCAGAAAAUCACAAAGCCAGCAGCUAAAUAUGGAGUAAAAGAAUAAAAAAAAAAUACAAAAAUACAAAUCAGCCCCAUCCCCCGGACUCCCCAGCUCAGAAAAUCACAAAGACCAGCAGCUAACAAGACUGUCCAGGCUCCCCCUCCUGCAGCAGCUCAGAGGAGAGUGAGCCCUGUGGAGGAGGAGAGGAGGAAGCAUGAGGAAGGAGUGAGGAAGAAACGGGUGGAGAUGAUGGAGAGGGAAAGAAAGCAAAGAGAACAGAUGUUGUUACUGAAGGCUGCUCAGAUGAAGAGAUUUGAGAGGGAAAAGCUGAACCGGAUAAACCGGGCACGCGAGCAGGGUUGGAGACAUGUGCUCAGUUCCAGUGGAGGCAGCAGUCCUGAGCGAAAGUUUUAUGGAGGUGGUGGUGGCGGCAUUGGAGCACCACAUUCCCCUGGAAUAGGCCCAUCCCCUGUGCCUGGCCCCACCCCUACUCCUGCUCCUGUUCCUGCUUUAGGUCCAAGUAGAGCUCCAUAUGACCAUGUCCACACAGCAGCUGAAAAACCAUCCAAACCUACACCUAAAGAUGGUGCUGGGGAAGGAGCCAAGUCCUCAGGGGACAAUGGCAGCACUGCUAUAGACUCAGGGUCGCUGAAUGGCCAUGCCUGCAUCCCUGUUAAGGAUAUUGUCAGGAAAGAACCACGUAAAGCAAGUCUCCAAAACGAGCAGAUUUCAAAGAACGACUAUGCUAAUAGGUUUCGAGGGCAGCUGGUGGCAGAGAGGGCUAAGCAGGUGGAAGAGUUUCUACAGCGGAAAAGAGAAGCCAUGCUGAAUAAAGUCCGUGCAGAAGGACAGCUGGGGGCCCGGCAAAGCCUGGCCACCAUCUUUGCAAGCUGGACAAACUCCUCCCGAUGCAGGAGACCCCAAGUCAACAAAGAGGAGGAGGAGUACUUGGCGAGAUUACGACAGAUCCGACUACAGAACUUUAAUGAACGCCAGCAGAUCAAAGCUCGCCUCAGAGGAGAGAAGUAUGACAGUGAUGGCUCAGACAGUCAGGAGUCAUGUGAAGAGGCAGUACUGAGGAGGAAGAAGAUCGAGGCUUUAAAGGCCCAGUCAAAGGCUCGUGCUGCUGUAAUUAAAGAACAGCUGGAAAAGAAAAGAAGAGAAGCAUAUGAGAGAGAGAAGAAAGCAUGGGAGGAUCAUCUUGUUGCACGAGGGGUGAAGGCUGCUGUUGGAGCUGUGGGUGGAGCUCCACCUACUGCAGCCCCUGCCACUCAGCCAUCUGACUCCACCCCUCAGGAAGAUGCUUCCAAAGCCACACCCUCCUCUAGACCCACCACUCCAGCCAUCUCCAUGACUGCUGCUCUGAAGGAUGUGGGCGCGAUUUCAUCAGGACAGAGUUCUCCUAUGAAAGAGGACUCCCUCAAAGCAGAAACAUCAGGUGUACAGAGUGACAAGAAGGAGAUUCUUCACAGACUUAAUCAGAAGGUCCAGACCACUAAGGAAGAUGCUGUGAAAGAUGCCACACCUUGCAGCAUUGCACCAUCCCCAACUCCUCAACAGAUCCAGCCUUCCAUCACAGAAGAAAGACCUCCUGCAGCUGGUGAUAGGAGGAAAUGGGAAGCUGUAGCUCCACCCAUAUUGUCUGUAGCCGAACAAACUCUGGAGGAGACCUGUGCAACUCUGGCAGUGUCUCAGGUGGUAUCUCCAGAGACAGAUGCUCCCUUUGGUGGAGACAGGAAGAAGUGGCAGACUGAUGGUGGCCCUCUUCUGUCUGUGGCUCAGCAGAUGGAAGAAACUAACUUUACAACAGCAGGUCAGCUAACAGAAAAAACAGCAGGUGAAGUCAUUUGCAUGGAUGAUUGGCAGGAGGAGGGGCUAAGGAAGGCUUGGGGGCAGAGUCCAGACUCAGAGGUUCUGAAGGUGUUGGAAGAGGCAGAGCUCCAACCCUUUACCAAGAAACUAGAUCCCGCCAGCACCUGUGACCACACACUGACUGAAAGCCUUAAUCUUAUUGAACAGUCUUUAAAUGUCACUCGUGAAACCAAACAAGUGCCUCUUCCUCAGCCAUGCCAGCCUGCCAUUGGCCUUGCCAAACAAGAAGUGACAUGUCAGGAGACAGUGCCAAUCACAGCAGAGGUUAAAAGUCAGGAACUAAUCCCACAAACAACAGAAGAGAUUCAAAAGACUCCUCCAUCUGGAGAAAGUGAGACAGAGGUGGUGGAUGAUAUGGAGUCAGUAGUUCUAGAUGAAGCCUCUCAGCAAACCUCAAAACCGCCCCCAGCAGAUGUGAUGCAAGCAUGGACAAAUGACACUCCAGUGUCUCCGCCAGCAGAUGGCAGAAUAAUACAAGCAGAGUGCACAGAGAUGAUGCAAAGAGAAGAGAAACACCCUGAACCUGCAGUAGAUGAGUCUUUGUUUGUGAAGCUAAGCAGUAGUCCAGCUCACAAACGAGCAGUAGCGUUGGCCAUCCUGUCUGCUCAGUCCUCACUGGAAGACUCUUCCUCCGUCACCUCACGUUCACGCUCUGUCUCUCCACUGCGAUCCCAAAGGCAUGGCAACGCACUUCUCAUUGGCCUCUCUACUGGCCUCUUUGACACAAACAACCCAAAGAUGCUGCGGACGUGCUCCUUACCAGACCUCAGUAAAGUAUUCAGUGAUGCUGCAGAACCUGAAGUUGCAGUCGCUCCUGACAACAACCUGGAGAUUGAAGAUCUGGAGGAUAAAGCGGAUGAGCAGUCUGAACCUGAGGAUGUGUAUGAGGAUGAUGAUUUGAGGGAGCUCAGAGCAUCUAUGGAGAGGCUUCUCCAGGAGCAGCGCAGUGAUGAUGAAGAUGAUGACGCAGAGGACGACGAUGGCGGUGGAUCCAACAGUAGUCCAGCUGAUGAAGAGGCAGCUGGUCUUAAUGGGUUGGCUAGUGCUGGUGUUGACAAAUGCAGUCCAGAGGAGGAGUGUUUUAAUGGAAUGGCUGAGGAAGAUGAUGAUGUUAGCCAUGGUGGAGAAGAGCCAGGAGGGCCAGUUACUAACGGAAUGGAGGUUGAGGAGGAUGAAGAGCAGAACAGUAGUGAAGGCCACCUCAAUGAGGAGUGGCAGUCUGAUGACAGCGAGGAAGAGGAUGUGGAAGACCUAGAGCAACAGGACAGUAUCUUCAGUCGUCUGGAGGAGCUGCGGUUCCAUCUCGAGCAGGCCAUGGGCUUUGAGAACUUCAUUCAAGCCUACAACAAGAUCAAGGCCAUUCAUGAGGAUGAAGAUGAGAACAUUGCAAUGGGCUCCAGCAUGGUGCAAAGCAUUUUAGGAACCAAGCACCAACACUUGUAUCCUAAAAUCCUCCAUUUGGUGAUGGCAGAUGGAGCUUAUCAGGAAGAUAAUGAUGAAUAGAAGUUAUUCAUCCAUGCUGUUGGCAGCCUUGGACAAUCUGCUGGCAGGCUGAAGUGUUCCCAUGAUGCACUCUGACAGGCUGAGGAGGUGCAUGUCGGGGAAGGGGGGUUUGAGAGAGAGGGGGUAAAACGGGAAAUGGUCCACUCAAGCAUGGGCAGUUUAAAGUCCACGGUUGACUGUAGUUCUACUUCCAUAUCCCAAGUCACUGAAGCACUACUUUGUAAAUUUUGUGCAUAUAAAUGUGCUGUGGAUGAUAAUAUUUAACCAAAGCGUAGCCGAGUGUUAGCAGGUGAGAAGUCGUCUCCAACAGAGAUGUACAUGUGUGUCCUCCUAGCUGAUGACAGACUGUAUGUGAAAUGCUGCUCGUGCUGUAUUCACAACAGCUGAAGCCAUGGAAACUGCUUUUUAAGGCUUUAGACUGGCCAGGGAGGUUUCAGGGGUCAGAGGUCAAUUAUCUGCCCAAUAUCUGGUGCUCGCACACAACAGGCAGUGGGUUCUAAUCAGCUGUCUACCUCAGACAACAGAUCAGUCUAAACGUCUUGUCUAAAAAAUCCAGACUCCUCAAAUUUUCUAAACCUCUUUUUCUACUUUUUACACAUCGUUUACAUAACAUGCUCAAAAUUACUUAGCCUUAGCUUUCAAGAUUUCUUAAUGGUAAAUCUUAAAGCAUUAUUUCUAUGCAGAUGAAGUUCUUAUCGGGGUUUUUAAUGUGGCAGUUCACCCAAAAUUAAUAUUCUGUCAUCAUUUACUCCCCCUCAUGUUUUUUUGUUCGUCACAUGAAAUGGAUGGGGGCCACAACAACAUUGGACCCCAUUGACUUACACUUGCAUGUAAAGAAAAAAUAAUACAGGUUUGGAACUGCACGAGUGUGCGUAAAUGAUGAUAGAAUUUUCAUUCUUUGUGAACCGUCACUAUAAGAGCAUUUAUAAAUGCUGUGCACAUGCUUUAUGCAUGUUGUAUGCAGCUGCACCUCCAGUGGGUUGUAUUAAAUGACCUCUUUGUUUUAGUUGCUGACAAAAUGUGGCUUGAAAGUGUACAGAAAGUCGUUUAAUAAUUUGCAAGCAUUACUGUUUGUUUGCAUGUCAGAAUAUGUAUAUCUUUGUACUGAGAAAUAAACGUCGUUUUUUUUUUUUCAAA